AUGCUCUUCGAAUUGCUGAAGUACAGCUCCACUGCCAUCGGAACAAUUGCCGCGUUCUACGUCGGCCUCCUCGGGCUUUUGACAACAUCAUGGUUUCAGGCUCACGUGGUAUACCUCCACGCCAUCCAAUUGACCUGGUUCAAGGACUUGGACUAUCCUGAAGUGUUCGGGUUCCUUCACAAUCAAGUUACCCCAUUCAGGAUACAAUCUAGCAGCGGCGACUCGUUGUAUGCUUGGCAUAUCCUACCAGUCGGAGCCUAUCAAAAGCACGAAGACAAACUCAUCAGAGAGCCUACAGGCUUUGUGGAGGACAUAAGCUCGCGUCUAUCCUUCAGACUGCUCCGCGGAGAUCCAGAAGCUCUUCUUGUCAUCCACUUUCACGGUGCGGGAGGCACAGUCGGCUCUGGCUAUAGAUGCCCGAACUACCGCGCUCUCUCCGCAGGACACCCGGACAAGAUCCAUGUCUUGACAUUCGACUAUCGCGGCUUCGGACGAAGCUCAGGCCAACCAUCGGAGCAGGGUAUUAUCAUCGACGCCGUAUCGGUCGUUGAAUGGGCUAUGAAUGUCGCCGAGAUUGCGCCUUCUCGAAUAAUGAUAUACAGCCAGUCUCUGGGCACAGCCGUCAACAUGGGCGUAGCAGAGUACUAUGCCCUGCAGAGUGAGCCUGUAGUGUUCGCUGGCCACAUCUUGACAGCUCCAUUUGUAGACGUUGCCACGCUUGUGUCUACGUACAGCGUCGCCGGAACGGUCCCAAUACUAGGGCCACUUGCUAAGUUCCCAGUCAUCUUCAACUAUCUGAGGACGUUCGUGCGGGAUAGGUGGUCAACCAAAGACCGAAUUGCGGCCUAUGUGAGAGCCAACGAGGCAAACGGCAAGAAGUAUCGUCUAACGAUCUUGCAUGCUGAAGAUGAUUACGACAUCCCCUGGACUCAUAGUACGACGCUCUUUUGGCAUGCUGCCAAUGCUACCCUGCCGGCAGAAAUCUCCUAUGGAGAACUUGAGACCAGGAAACAGAAAGCUCGAAUCGACUUGGGCCAGGCGGGCAGCAUUGUGGAGUGGCAAGCGCCUCACGGAAUCAUAAGGGAGCAGAUCCUCACGCAUGGGCUACACGACGUCAUUAUGGGCACUCCAAUCGUCUCACUGGCGGUUAUGCGAAUAUUUCAGGAAAGGGGAUGA